AACGUCGUUCGUAUUUUACUAGGUGACGUUCACAUUUUUUACAUGAAUUUCCUAAAUUGCCCUCCGUAUAUAAAUACUCGAUAAAGUAAGUUAGGGCUUUACGAGACAUUUCCCAUCUCACAAAAUCACUCUUUGACACUUUCUCUCUCUAAAACCUUCCAAAAAAUCUGAAAUUUUGAAAAAAAAAAAAUCAGAAAUUUUUUUUUUAAAAAAAAAAACCAAAAUAGUUGAAGGCUACUCAAACACAAGCAAAUCUUGCAAUCAAACGUUGAAUCCGACAAUGGCAGACCGACGGAGAAUUAGGCUGACGUUUGGUGGUCGUGGUGGCGGCGUUAGCGGCGGCGAGCCGAUUGAGGGUUCUGGUCCUCGUCAUGCAAGAUCAAGACGUUUGAAUGUGUCUGUUAGGAGGGAGUUAGGUGGUGCAGGACCUUCACAUGCACCGUUUCAGCAUGAGCAGUAGUAUGGGACUGCUGGUGCUUGGUCGGGGGAGCACCAGUCACAGGGUAGCGCCCCCAUGUAUUCGUCUACUGGAGUGCCUUCAUCAGAUGAGGAUGAGGAUGAAGAUCGAGGAAGUCAAUCUACUGGAGAUGCACAGUACGACCCUCAGGAUUACCGUACUGUGUAUAGGGGUGACCAUGGGAGAUAUGUUAGCAGUAGUGAACCAGGUCAAGCUUCUACCAGCUCGUCAGAGUCAUGGGUGGUGCAGGAGCCGAUGCCAGGUGGGCCUGAGGAUGGUACCGUUAUUCCGAGUUUUGGGGGUCACGUGUCUGCCUACAUAUGGGGUGGGCAGGAGCGAAACGUGCUGCGGUGUUUGAGCAGGACACAGUUGUGUUCUGAAUUGGGUAACUGGCGCGCUCGUCUUCCGCCGGAGCACCUGGAACCGAUUGAUGGCACUGGUCUAUCUCAUUUACCCGGGAUCAUGUUCCGGCGAUUUGACUGGCCCUUAAUUUCUGCUUUUGUUGAGAGAUGGCAGCCAGACACGAACACGUUUCACAUGCCUUUUGGGGAGAUCACGAUCAUGCUGCAUGAUGUGUAUCAUAUUCUAGGGCUUCGUGUCGACGGUUCCAUGGUUUCCACUACUCCUAGCACGGACGUUUUACGGGACGCGUGCUCGGUUACCUUGGAUAUGACUGAGGAAGAGCUGAAUGAGAAGUGCGGUACCAAAACCGUAUGGCAGGGUAGUGGGGUCCUGACUGAGAGGAUAGUGGAGUCGACCUUGGAGGCGCAGAGGCCCUUCAGUUUCCAUUACAGGGCGUACCUGUGGUUAGUACUCGGCGGUUGUUUGUUUUUGGACAAGAGUGGAAACCGUACUCAUCCUUCCUUCCUCAACGAGCUGUUUGUUGAGGAUGUUCAGAUUAGUGAGUACUCCUGGGGUUCUACUGUGCUAGCAUACAUGUACCGGCAAUUGGGUACAGCAUCACGAAAAGAUGCUGAUUCUAUCGCUGGCUGCCUUAUGCUUCUGCAGGCGUGGAUCUACGAGUACUUUCCGUGUUUCCGGCCUCAGCAGGGGACCUUGACCAGAGAGCUUGCUAUUCCUCGUGCGUCCGCCUGGGAUGUUGGAUCGGGGUGCCCUAACAAGAGCAUGGAGCGCCUUCUCGCUUUUCGGGCUAGGUUGGAUCAUUUGACUGACAAUGAAGUUAACUGGCUACCAUACGGAGUUGAUCCAGCACUACGCGUGCCUGCUACUCUUUUCAUUGGCUGCAUCCAGUAUCGUAGCAUUAUUGAGCCAUACAUGCCUGAUCGAGUGGUUCGGCAACUUGGAUACGUCCAGGGCAUUCCACUAGCCAUUAUCAGGCCUGAGAAGGCUAAGAGACCGACGAACUUGAAGAUGUAUCGGGUUGACUUUCCGCCAGAGAUGACAUCUGUGAUGUGGACUCGGUUUGUCCCUGGUAUGUCUUUUAGUGUCGUGGUAGGUGCCCUCAGCAGACUUGGUGGUGGUGCUCCUACAGUCGGUCCUGGUUACAUGCAGUGGCUGUACCGAUUUUCUCAUCCACGUGUUUCUCCAGUUGCGUCAUCACAUGAGAGUCGCACACUGCCAGAGAGAACUAACACGGAUUACUGGAUGGGUCGGUCUAUGGAGGUCAUCAACAGGACCCUGGAGGAGUAUCCGAGCCUAUCGCGUGAUACAAGAGCAAUGGCUGAGGCGCUACGAGCUGAUUGGAGGGCGAUGAUGGGGUUGUGAACUUCCUGUUUUUUUUUUUUUUUUUUUUUUUUUUUUUUAUUUCCCUUGUACGCAUUUCUUUUAUGUACUAUUUAUUCGUCACGUACUUUAAGUAUUGAACAACUGUUUUGGUGGUUUUGUAAAUAUUUUGUUUAAUUAAGUUCAAUUCGUUGCAAAUUACAUAACGACAACUGUUUAACAUAAAUGAAAGUACAACAACAUGUUCACUAUCUAAUUAAGGCAUCCCACAUGUUCCUUCUAGCUUCGUAACGCUGAUCCCAACCGUCAACACUUGGGCCGUGGUGCUCAAUCCACCAACCUGCAACCGGGGGAAGUGGCGAAUCAGGUGCAAGUUCAAUACAAAUAAAAUGUGAGGCCCCAACUGUAGCGAUGACAAACUCUCGCUCCGGUGCUGUGACCCCCCUUCUUGCCCGCAACGGCAAUAUCGUGAGGCAUGGGUAGUAGCAAGUUGGUGUUUGGCCUACACCAAGAAUAAUAACCGCUGCGUUGAACCAAGUCGCAAUAGGAAAUAAAUCUUGUAUUGCAACCAUCCAA